AUGUACCCCCUCUGUCACCUCGGGCUGUUGCUUCUGCCCCUGCUCCUGAUGGGAACAGCUGCUCAGGAUCCCCUAGGAAAUAACGCGGAGAUCUGUCUGCUGCCCAUGGACAUAGGGCCCUGCCGCGCCCGGGUCCCCAGUUUCUACUAUAACAGGUACACCCAGAGCUGCAGCCCGUUCAUGUACGGGGGCUGCGAGGGCAACGCCAACAACUUCGAGACCCGGGAGGCCUGCGAGGAAGCCUGCUGGAGGAUAGAGAAAGUCCCCAAAAUCUGCCGUUUGGAAGUCAGCGAGGGGCAUUGUGGGGAGUCCCGAGGCCACUAUUUCUUCAAUCUAAGCUCCAUGGCAUGUGAAAAAUUCAUGUCUGGGUGUCACCGAAGUGGGAACCAGUUCCCGGAUGAAGCUUCUUGCAGGGACUACUGUGUACCGAGAAAACGUCCGUCAUUUUGCUACAGUCCAAGAGAUGAGGGACUAUGCUCUGCUAAUGUGACUCGCUAUCAUUUUAACCCAAGACACAAUGCCUGCCAGGCCUUCACCUACACUGGCUGUGGGGGGAAUGACAACAAUUUUGUGAGCAUGAAGGACUGCAAACGUGUUUGUAUGAAAGCCUUGAGGAAGAAAACAGGUAAGAAGAUGCCAAGGCUUUUCUUUCCUGAAAGAAGACUGAAACUUCAGAAGAAAUAUUAA